UUAGUCAAUUGCGAUUCCAAUCCAAAGGCGCCGGUAGAAAAACUCAACGAAAUGAUCGAACUUAAGGUCGUUACGAAGCAGGAUAGGCCACAAGUCGCGAAACUCUUAAGAAAAUACUUCUAUCCUGAUGAACCCUUGACGGGCAACCUCGAACCUAUUGGCACGGCCUCUCCCGCCGAUGAGGAAUUCAUUUUGGACAACAUACAACAUGGCACCUGCGUUAUGGCCAUAGACAGGACAACGAAUAAAGCAGUUGGAGUUUGUAUUGCGGGACCGCAAAGAGCAAAUGAGGCUGACCACCUGGCUCAUGAAGCCAAAAAGGAGGGGAAUACCAAAUGGGGCAAGAUAUUGAGUCUCCUUGCCCGCAUUGAAUACGAAGCCAAAGUGGCUGAACGUUAUAGUGUCCAACGCAUUUUGUACAUAGUUGGCACCUGUGUCGACUCGUCCAUGAGGGGCAGAGAUCUGGGAGGUCGUCUCUAUAAUGCAGUGCGUGAUAUAGGCAAGGCUAAAGGAUAUCAACUACUAAGGUCCGACUGCAGCAGUUUCUAUUCAGCAAAAAUCAAAGAGAAAUUGGGAUGGGACUGUAUCAACACCGUUCACUAUAAGGAAUUUGUUGAUGAGCACAAUGUGCCUGUAUUUAGCCCCCCUGCACCACAUGUCAGCUGUAAAUCCUAUGCCCUGCGACUGUGAUUUUUUUUAAACAAACUUUGUUUGCCCGUUCUGGCGAAGCUCAUUGAUAUAAACAUUUGUUCAUUUUUUUUUCUUUGAGAAUUUUGAAAGUGAUGUUUUUGGAAAUCGUUAGAAUGUUCACCAGAAAAUAUUUACGAAUGAUUUUGUUAUUUUUUUUAUAUACAUUUUAUUUGUAAGUGCUAUUUUU